CAUCAGGAGUCUCGCCUCACUUCACUGUAUGUGUAGAUUAGGUCGUAAUCUGUAGUGUUUGGAAACCAGGUUGCCCUGCCAUAAGUGAAGAAGGGGAAAUGUCUGUCUUUCACUUGGACAAAAUUAAUGCCAGGCUUUGAGGCUCCUCCUAGCAAUGCUGAGUAUCUGAAGCCUUCACACCUGCUCAGGAAAUGUGCUGGAAUCCCGCUUGCCUCUAAAUCUCCAUGGCAACAGCACAGGCCUCUCAUGUGACCUGUGACCCCAUCCAUUGUCUCUUUGAGUUUUACUCUCUGGAUUCUAAGCCCGACAACGACAGCAGCAUGGGCAGCGUGGGCAGCCUUGUCGAGAAACAGGAUUUCUCCCCUGCUACACCAGGAGGUCUGCGAGGGAUGCGUCAGCCAGAUGGAUUGCUCCGGAAAGGAAUGUCUCAGCGUGAAGUCUUUGGCUACCUACAUGGGGGCAAACGGGAUGCUCGGGCUGAGAAGAAGCACCAGUCAUCUGGUGGCGGCUUUAAACGGGACUAUGAGAGCGACCGGGAGAACCAGUCCCCUGAGCGCUACUUCCGGGACAAUCACCGGGGUGCAGAUUUCUCCAAGAGCUCUUUGCCUGAGCGCGGACGCUUUGACAAGUGCCGGAUCAGGCCCUCGGCUUUCAAGGUUGUAGCUGGCAAGAGCCUGUUGUCCAUGCAGGGGCUGUCGUCGGCUAAAGGGCAGAAGCUCUCAAAGAGCAACGGGAGCCUGCACACCCUCUUGACGCAGAGCAGCACCAGCAGCUCCUCACAACGUGGCCCCCUGCGCAACCACCUGCUGCACACCAUCAGCCUCGACGAGGGCUCCAACUCCGUCCAAAGCUUCCCCACCUAUAAUCCCCGUUUCAAACCAGCUCCAAACCAGCUGAGUGCUUCAAUAGGCAACAUCAAUCACAUUGGCGGUUCCUUAGACAGGGCCUCUCGGGGACCCCGGGAUCCGUUGGCUGUAGAGAAAGCGCCGCUAUCCUGCAAGAGCCUGAGCCGGCUGCAGAGUUCUGGGGAGCCUCCUCCGCCUCCAUAUGAGCCCACGUUUUCCUUGGAAGAUGUGGUGAAGCAGCUUGAGGACCGGCUGAGUGAGAAGGGCAUGGAGCUCCGCCAGUUGAAGCGAAACCUGAGUGAGAAUGACGACCCCUUCACACAGAUGUUUGAGGACAAACAGCGUUUGUGGAUGGAUGAGCUGGAUGAACUGAAGCAGAUGUAUGUGGCCAAGCUGCAGCAGGUGAUGCAACAGGCCCAACGCAGCCAGCGGGCACUUCAGCUGCAGCUCUACAAAGCACAGCAGGAGAAGAAGCGGCUGCAGGAAGAGCUGGACCUGAAGCAGAGCCAAUGUGAAGAGCUGAGGCUGCAGCAGCAGCAGGCCGAGCGCCUGAGUCCCAAACUGGAGGAGACCAAGUGGGAGGUCUGUCAGAAGACUGCAGAGAUUUCAUUGCUCAAGCAGCAACUCCGAGAUGCCCAGGAGGAGUUGGCCCAGAAGCUGGGUGAAAUCUUCAGUUUGAAAACGCAGUUGCGGGAGGCCCGAACAGAGUUGCAAGCCAAAGACUCACAACUGGCACACUUGGAGGACUCUUUCCAACCCUUGCCAGAGCAGGGCUCCCCUGUUCCUCCAAGGGACUCCCCAAUGCAAGCUUGCCAGGACUUCUUGGGCUGUGAAACGGAUGACUCUAAAUGCCGGGGAAUGCAGGGGGAGAGUGCAGAGGGCGCCGAGUGGCUCUGGGCAGAACUGCUGCGGGAGAGGCGCCAGGCCCAGCUGCGAGUGGCAACCUUUGAGCAGGAGCGGAAAACCUGGCAAGAGGAGAAGGAGAAAGUCCUGCGCUAUCAGCGGGAGAUUCAGGCCAGCUAUAUGGAGAUGUACCACCGGAACCAGGCUCUGGAGAGGCAGCUGAGUGAAUUCCGGCAGUUCCACGCUGAGCCCAGAGGUAUCAACUCAGAGUCGCCUUGGAUUGAGAGGGUUGAGUCCUCUAAGAUCUGAACAGUACAAGAGAGAGAGAGGCCCUGUGCUGGGAUUGCAAAGGGGGCAGAGCACCCACACUGCAGCAUGGACCAUAGGGUUUGUUAGCGGAAGCGGCUCAGCUGAAGGGCCUGUUAAGCUGAGCCAGGAGCUUCCUCUAUCAUAACAUACAGGAUUUUGCAGGCGGCUGCCACCCAUGGAAUGGAAUCCCAGCAUGACAUUUGGCUUCUUGUCCGUCCAGCUCGGCUGUUGCCUCCCUACCACUGCUAUCUCAGAUGGCAGGAUGCUCUCCUGUUGUGUCCUGCUUCGUGCCCACCUUGGCACUGCCUGUCAGGAUGGAAGGUUUGUUACUGAGGAAUGCAAAUGGCUGUGAUUGGGAGCUGUGACCACUCUUGAUAAGGUCUGAUGGGGAAAACUAAUGAAGAAUGUGUAGGGGACCAUUCCACCACACUGUGGGUCCUUAUUGGGGCUCGAGCUUUGUCCCUGCAAAGCUUGAGACUUGGACUAUUGUGUUAAGAGAAAGUUGACAGUAAACCCACCUCAGCUCAUGCCUGCCCUAUAGGAGUUGUUUUCUGUCCAUCUGUCUUGUCCUCACGCUGUG